GAAGCUUAUAAAGCGUUCCCCGAUGCACUGCCUUUGCUACGCAGUGCGCGAGCAGUCGAAGACUUGAAGGUUUGCGUGCUGUCCAAUGCCACAGAGAGCUACGAGCAGAGCGUUCUGCCCGCACUCGGUAUGGCCGAGUACAUAGACUUCUGCAUACUUUCCAAAGUGGAAGGUAUGGAGAAACCGGACAAAGCUAUCUUUGAAUUGGCCGCCAAACGAGCUGGCGUUGAGCUUCAAGAUGUUUUGCAUGUGGGGAACAGCUACAGCAAGGACUACUGUGGUGCCAUUGCUGCAGGGUGUCGUGCCCUUCUGCUGAGGCGGCAAAGCUCUACCUCAGCCACAGGUGAUGACAUACAGACUGUCCGUUCUCUUUCAGAUGUCUGGAUGUGGCUGCGGGAAAACAGAGGGCUUGGCGAGUCAGCCGGCAGUUGA